AUGGACCUCAUCGACGCCAGCAACGCCCCUGUACCCAUCACCGUGGACCCCAUCACCGGCAAUACCAUAGCCGCCAACGAGACCGAAAACGCGAUGGAGGACACCCAGAUGGCCGACCCCGAAGACCACACCAACGCAGCGGACGAUGAAGCCGAGGACUACUUCAUCGACAACAGCCCCACCUUCCACGACUUCACCACCCUCCCCCCAGACACCAAGGCCACAAUCACCCGCCUCCUGGCGUCCGCAGGUGCCGCUUGGGAAUUCCGCUCCAUGGCUACCCCGUUCCCAAUCCAGUACCUCCCCGAUCCAGACUGCCACAACUGGGGUCUAGCACUCAUCUCCGCGCUCAGCCGUCUGGCGGAUAUGACACGCACUGGUUUCAAAUUGGAAGCCAUCGCGUUCAUCAUCAAGCACAUGAAAGAGCGGAAUGAUGUUCCUGGUAAUACUGAGGAUGAGGGUGAGAUGUCUUCGAAACUUGAGAAGGGAAUGCGGUGCUAA